AACUAUUAUUUAAUUGCGUUAAAUAGCAUGUUUAAUAAUGCAUGAUAUAUCAUCUAUAAAUUAUAAUAAUUAUUAUAUAUCUGAAGCUCUUAAAAAUGUUAAUAGUAAAUUAAUAUAUAAUAAGUGGCAUUGUAGUUAGUUGUACCUGACGAGUAAUCGAUAAGAAAAAUUUCUACUUUCGAGAAGUGGUAGUUGUCAUACCGAAUGUUAUUGCUAAUUAUGUGUUUACUUAUCAAGUAAAUAUAUUAGGAAGUAUUUUAUAGUUUACGUGUAGUACUAAAUUUGAUGGUUCAGUGUCAGAAUUACUCAGUGGAGAGUCAGUUUGCCCGAGACAUAUUAGGCUUCAGGCACUUCGUACGAUAACAACAUCGAAAAUCGAGUUGGACUUGUUUUAUGUAACAGUUUUGGUGAAGGUUUACUAAUAGUAAUAAUAUUACUACCAGUACCAAUAUCAUAGAAAUAUAAAUUAACAAUUAUUUAGAUUGUAUUUAGAGUUCACAACAAUCUGUGUGUAAUGAAAGUCAGUAUUAUUGAUUCUUCAGGAAAUGAUUGGGUUGUCGAUAUUCUCACAGAAUUUACAAUCGAAAAACUUAAAAUGAUGGCUUUGAGCCAUUUUUAUCACCCAGUUGAUUCUGUGAAAUCUGUGGAACAAUACAAACUGGUUUUAAUAUCAAGACAUCAACCUUUACCUGAUGAAAGCACUGUGUUUAAUGAGCAAAUCCAAGAGAAUGAUGAGCUACUUCUAUUAAAAAGGAGGGUAACAUCUCAGCAUACAAGAAAACAAGUUGAUGAGCAAGAGCUUCGAGCACCAACACUUUUAGAAAUACAACAAGCUACAGAAGAUUUACCAUCAAGAAACUUUGAUCGUGAUGUAGAGAAGCCAGUCAUUCUUGAUUUUCAUGCAGAACUCAAGAAAAUUCUUGUUACAAUGGUGGAUAUAUCAGAGAAGAUUCUGCGAUAUCACCCUCAUGUUCAGGAUAUACUACAAGCUAUUCCAGUCUUAUUAAAUCAUCUAAAAUUUAAAAAUGCUUUUGCUCUUAGAAUUAACAAGAUGUCUCCUGUGGAGGCGAUGGAUUGGUUACUUGCCCAUCAGUCAACUUCAUCUUCCCAACUAGGAGAUGCUAUUACUCAAAUCUCAGAAGACAUCACUGAUAGUGAACCUCUACCAAGUACAAGUACAGGUUCUUUACUAACUUUAGAUCCAUUUACUGAACACUUCCCAAGUGGUAGUGGUUUAACUCCAUCUGCUGAACAGCCAUCAACUUCCAGUGGUUUAGGCCCUCCAACAGCGUGUUUUAAUAGAGUGGCUGUUAUCAUGGAAAAGUUCAAAGCUUACAAAAGGAAACAUUUCAGACCUAACAAAAAGGCACUUCAAGGUUUGAAAGAAAUGGGCUUUGCUGAAGCAGAAAUAGUGGAUGCACUAAGAUUGUGUGGAAACAAAGAAGAAAAAGCGUGUGAGUGGCUACUGGGAGAUCGUAGAUAUGAAGCAUCAGCAGAAUUGACUGUUGGACUGAAUCCUGAAAGUCCAAUUUAUAAUGCUAUAGUGAAUGACCCCAUAGUCAUGUUAGGCCUUGGAACUCCCAAAACUUUUGUUGCCUUGCUUCAUAUGCUGGAUAGUCCAGAUACAAGUGGUCGAUGGCUAAGUGACUCAAGUACAGCACCAAUUCUGAGUCAGAUUUUCAAGAUUUACCAUACACAGAAGCAUAUGUUACAGUUGAACCGACCUCUUUUUAGCUAAUUAUGUAUUUUGUUACACAUAAAUAGAUUUAGUUGAACCAUUUUUAGUGCAUUAUGCAAUUAAUUAUACGGCAAAUUCAACUCAACAAUUUACCCGAUUAAGCAUACUAUUGUAACAAGAUUAAAAGAAUAUUUUUCCUUAUUAUUAACUCCAAAGUGCUUGAAAUGUCUUUCUGAAACAUUAAGUAUAGCUAUAAUGGCUUACUGUCAUUCGGCAACCCUUGCAUCAAGCCUAUAGGCCAACUUUUUUUUCAGUAAUAGUGUUCCAACCAUUGGUAAAAAAAGACUUCUAGAACUUUUUAUUUCAAAAGUUCAUCUGGACAGUUUGAAAUGAAUUUCGAAUCUGUAGUCUAACAAUGAUAUACAAAACUACUAUUUUUUACAAUAGGCAAAGAAUAAUUUGUCAUACAUUGGCUUUUAGAAGUGCUAGACUUGUAAAAUUAAUAAAAAAAUGUAAAAUAUUUUUGCAA